CGGACCUCACGCAACACAAAAAAACACGCACAAAAAGCGUCUUUAUUAUAUUUUACAUAUUUUCAUGGUCUUUCGUCAAAACUCAAAGCCAAAACCUGAACAACGCCUCCUUUGUCCAAAAUCCAACAACGUAAUUUUGCCGCAAACAGUCGAAACCCAUCUCCUAAUCUAGCCCCGAAACCCGCCACUGUGCUCACAACCUCAGAUCCACACCUCUCUCACGUCCAACGAUAGCUAAAACUAAAAGCACAAAAGGCUUCGGUUCCUCAUAAAAUUUCAUGCUUUUUCCGUUGUGAUUGUCGUCUUUGUUUAAUGCAGUUUAGAGAGAGAGAGAUUUUCAGAUAGUGGGAGGGGAAGAGAUGGUAACUCAGGUUGUGAAAGUGAAAAGGGAGACCCUGGAGGCAUGCAUGACGUGCCUUCUUUGUAAGAAGCUCUUGAAGGAAGCUACAACGAUAUCUUUGUGCCUCCACACGUUUUGCAGGAAGUGCAUAUAUGAGAAGCUCUCUGAUGAGGAGGUGGAUCGUUGUCCUGAAUGCAACAUCGAUCUGGGCAUUCUUCCAGUGGAGAAACUCAGGCCAGACCACAAUUUGCAAGAUAUAAGGGCCAAAAUUUUCCCUCUGAAGAGAAGGAAAGUUGAGGCCCCUGAAAUUACAGCUACAAAUCCACUGCCGAUUAAAAGGAAGGAGAGAUCACUAUCUUCAUUGGUGGUCAGCACUCCCAAAGUGCCAAUACAGAGUGGCUUGACUGGAAGGAGAACAAAAGCUGCAAGAAAAGCUUCUGUUAUGCGAGGAUGCAGUUUUUCCAUUGAGGAAGCUGCCAAGAAAGAAGAUUCUGCUGGUGAUCAUCCUUUGAGCUCCAGCUCACUUGAUUCUCAAGUUAAAACUACUCGAAAUAAAAGGCAGGAUUAUUCAGGCGCUGAAACUUUUAAUGAGCGAAUACCUAAGAAAGACACAGAGAAUGAUGUGGAGUUAAUUGAAGGGAAAGUUGAUCUGUGGACACCCUUGAACUGUCUUGUUGAAGCUGCGAACAGAACCAAAACCUCUAAGUUUAAUUCACCAGGGCUGUCACUUGCCAAAUUGGAGCAACCCAACCAUGGUAGUGAAGUAUAUAUGCCUGAAACCAAAGCCAGAGCAGAAUCACCUAGUGCUCCUGACAGUGAAGUAUAUAUGCCUAAAAGCAAAAGAAAUGGACACAAUACUAAAGUCCAGGAUGAAACUAAUGGAACAACCUCACCUCCAGGACCUUUAAAGCGUAGAAGGUUGCGUGCAGCAGGUCGUAAAAGCACAGCUGCAUGUAGGCAGCUGCACUCCUCGUCCCAAGUCAUGCUAGAUGUUUCAGGUUCUAAGCGCAACAGAAGAAAUAGUCCAAUUUGGUUCUCAUUAGUUGCUUCAGAAGACAGGAAAGCAGAUGUUUCCUUGCCACAAAUAUCUGCCUGUUACAUAAGGAUAAAGGAUGGUAAAAUGCCUGUUUCAUUUAUCCAAAAGUACCUUGUGAAGAAACUUGAUCUUAUGAGUGAAGCUGAGGUGGAGAUAAUGUGCCGAGGUCAGCCAGUGGUUCCAUCAUUGCAACUACAAAACUUGGUAGAUCUGUGGUUUCGGACAGCAUCGACAUCAAAAAAAGUACCAGCAUCUGUUGGGUCCUCUGCUAAGGACUUUGUGAUGGUACUGUCAUAUUGCCGGAAAGUCCAAACCCCUUGAGAGAACUUUUUUUUCAGUUUUUUCCGCUUUCUUGUCCUUGCAACUUACAUCUUUAAUUAUACAAGUCCUUUGAAUCUUUGAGGCUGCAUCAACUAAGGUGAUUCGAUCAAUAAUGUACGUUAGUACAAUGUAUGUUUUCACCUGAAUAAACUUUUUUAAUUAAUUUUAUUCUAUUGGUUUGCCAUAUCA